UGCUGAUUGGAAGGAGACCAGAGAACCUCAGUCAGCUUUAAACUCUCUGAAACAUGAUUUAACAUGUAAGAAAACAUUCAGCUGCUCUGAGUGUGGGAGAAGAUUUGAUCGCAAGUCAAAUCUGAAGAGACACAUGAGAACUCACACAGGAGAGAAAACUUUCAGCUGUUUAGUUUGUAAGAAAACGUUUUUAAUGUCUAGAAAUUUACGGUUACACAUGAGAAUCCACACAGGAGAAAAGCCUUUCAGCUGCAGUGUUUGUAAUACAUCUUUUACACAGAGAGGAAGUUUACAAAAACACAUUAGAAUCCACACAGGAGAGAAGCCUUUUAGCUGCUCUGAGUGUGGUAAAGCUUUCACUUAUAGUCAACACCUAAAGAAACACAUGAUAACUCAUACAGGAGAGAAGCCUUUUAGCUGCUCAGUUUGUAAUAAAUCAUUUACACAGAAUGAAAAUUUACAGAAGCACAUGAGAAUCCACACAGGAGAAAAAUCUUUCAGCUGCUCAAUUUGUGAUAAAAGAUUUGGCUACAAGUCAGAUUUGAAGACACACAUGAGAACUCACACAGGUGAAAAACCUUUCAGCUGCUCAGUCUGUAAGAAAUCUUUUACACAGAGUGGAGAUUUACGGUCACACAUGAGAACUCACACAGGAGAAAAACCUUUCAGCUGCUCAGUCUGUAAGAAAUCUUUUACACAGAGAGGAAGUUUACGGCCACACAUGGCAGUCCACACAGGAGAAAAAAGAUUCAGCUGCAGUGUUUGUAAGAAAAGAUUUGCCUGGCGUUCUGAUGUCAAAACACAUAAAUGUGUUGGUCCAAUGGAAACAGAAGCUGAUGGAGAGGACUGUGGAGGACCAGAACCAGCCAGGAACUCACAUCCACUUUUACAACCAGAGACUGAAGACCAGACUGGAGACUCUUCUGAUCCUGAGACUGAUGACAUGGAUUAAUGUUUGUACCUUUAAGUGCAAGCAAAACUUCAAACUAAAAUCAAACUAAAAUCUUUAUGUAUUAACAUCUAGAUAGAAGACAUUAUAUUGUGUGGUAGGAAAAAGUACACUCUUAUUUUAAAUAUGUUAUUAGAUAUUGUUUUGUCUUGUAAUGUAUGUCAUAUAAUCAAUUAUAAUCAAAAAAUCAGAUAAAUGCAACCACCCGAUAUUUUAUAGGGCCCACACAAAUAUUCACUUCUUUCUAAGUAACGUAUGUUUAGCAAGAUUCACUAUUAAUCAUGUAUCAAUAUGGGAGUUUAUUCAAUACACAUUGGGUUCAUGUUUUAAUU